AUGCGGGAAGAGGAAUUUGACAAUGGUCAGAUACGAUGGCGUCGCCCAGUACUGGAGACCGUAGCUGCGCAAGUCCAUGAAGGGACGUCGGGGCGCGACACACGAAAGUCUCUCGUGCGUGGCGGCCUCGAUGGCAGACGACGGCCCCCGGGGGACCGGAUCUGCGCUGCGACACAGCAUGUGUUAGGGGCGUACAGGACGUUCAUCUCGCCGAUGCCAUCCAUUUCAGCAUGGUGGAAGCAGACGACAAGCACGAGACAGUCGCAUAAGACAUUGAAGCUGAAGCGCAAGACGGGGCUAGUUGACGAUACGUUCGUCGUCAAGGGCACCGCAGGAAGGUCUCGCGCGCCAGUCCACGGAAGUUGGCCCAAUGUAGGACGAUGA